AUGGCCAACCUGAAGCAGGACGAGUUCGUCGGCUCCCUCGACUGUGGGACAACCUCGACGCGCUUCCUCAUCUUCGACAAGUACGCGAACAUCGUCGCGCAACACCAGAUCGAGUACCCGCAGUACUACCCGGAGCCCGGAUGGCACGAGCAGGAUCCCGAUGAGCUGAUGGAAAGCUGCGAUGUAUGCAUCACCGAAGCGUGCAAGUCCCUUGAGGCGACCGGAUUCGCGAAGGAGAGGGUGAAGGUCAUUGGUAUCACGAACCAGCGCGAGAGCGCGGUCGCGUGGAGCCGCUCGACGGGCAAGCCCCUCUGCCGACUCAUCGUCUGGGACGACUCGCGCACGAAGAACACCGUCGUCCACUUCGAGAACAAGCUCCAGAACGUCGGCAUCGAGACCGAGCCCGGCGUGUUCAAGAAGGGCAAGGACGGCAUCGAGGCGCUCCGCCAGCUCGUGAAGAAGGCGUUCGACGCGGACGACCUGAUGUUUGGCACCGUCGAAUCUUGGAUCGUCUAUCGCUUGACCGGGAAGAGCCUGCACAUCACCGAUGUCACGAACGCGUCGCGCACGCUCCUCCUCAACCUCAAGACGCUCGCCUGGGACCCGAUCCUGAUCAAGUUCUUCGAGCUCAAGGACUCUAUCCUCCCCAAGAUCGUCUCGACUUCUCAGGUGUACGGCGAGGUUUCCAGCGGCUCCCUCAGGGGCGUGAAGAUCGCCGGUAUGGCCGGCGACCAGCAGGCGGCGCUCGUCGGCAACAAGUGCUUCAAGCAGGGCGAGGCCAAGUGCACAUACGGCACUGGCGCGUUCCUCCUCUUCUGCACGGGCGAUGACAUCGUCUUCAGCGACCACGGGCUCCUCUCGACGGUUGCGUACCAGGAUGGUGAGACCGGAAAGCCGGUGUAUGCGCUCGAGGGCAGUAUCUCGGUGGCCGGUAGCGCCAUCAAGUGGCUCCGUGAUUCCAUGAUGCUUGUUCCCUCAGCACAAGAGGUGAACAACAUGGCCGCGUCAGUCCCCGACACUGGAGGAGUCUACUUCGUGACCGCGUUCUCCGGUCUCCUUGCGCCCUACUGGGACCCAGGAGCAGCCGGUCUGCUCAUCGGUCUCUCCUCGUACACGACGCCCGCACACAUCGCGCUCGCCACGCUCGAGGCGAACGCGUUCCAGACGCGCGCGAUCCUCGAGAGCAUGAAGCUCGACUCCAAGGCGGACCUCAAGCACCUCAAGGUCGACGGCGGGAUGACGAACGGCGACAUGGUCAUGAAGGUCCUCGCCGACAUCGGCGGCUUCACCGUCAUCCGGCCCGAGAUGCGCGAGUCGACGGCGCUCGGCUCCGCGCUCCUCGCUGGGUCCGCGGUGCGCCUGCACGGGUGGAACAUCAGCGAGCCCGAGACGCUCGCGGAGGUGAACACGAAGGGGAGCCUGAACUUCACGCCCAGCAUGGCCGAGGCGGAGCGCGAGAAGCGUUGGAAGGGCUGGAAGCGUGCGAUCGAGCGGUCCAAGGGGUGGGAGGAGGGCGUCGAUGAGUCUUGA